AUGGAGCAAGUAGCCGAGGCUGAGGGGGUUGCACCUGCUGUCACCGAGGCCGCACCGGAUUCAGGGGCUGCACCUGCUGUGACCGAGGCCGCACCGGAUUCGGGGGCUGCACCUGCUGUGACCGAGGCCGCAUCAGAUUCGGGGGCUGCACCUGCUGUGACCGAGGCCGCACCGGAUUCGGCGACUGCACCAGCGGCGCCACAGCAGGCGCCGGUUGAAACGCUGGUGGAACCCAGCAAUCGGGAACUAUUCAUUUAUCUCAAGAAACACGGCACCUCUCUUCCCAAUGUGUCGGCACUGAAUAACGCUGCGACCAAGGCCAAAGCCCUUGAGCAGUACUACGCCCUGCAGGGCCUUACUCCCAUGUCGACGGCGACAGAGGCACCACAACCUGCAGCGCCCAAGCCUAUUCGACAUGUUUGGGUGGCUUGGACCAGCCGACCACCUCAAGAAGUCACCGUGCCAACCUUGCCCCCGUCCCCACUCGAUCCCGCCACCGUUGGUGCUGAUCGACGCGUGCCAGCCGAGGGUUAUGCACGCCUCCAGCAAGACGCUUCGUACCCGGACUUUUUCCAGCAGCUGACCCAGCUGGAAGGGCUGGAGACUCGCUCUGUGGAUGAUGAGGAAGAAGCGCGCGCCUGGCUCCAGCGCCCUCGAGCCGUGUUUGGCCUGGUUACCAAGCCUUUCACCGCCGAACAUAUCAAUGCCGUGCCCGUCACAACGCUUCAGCCCGGUAAUUGGGCUACGCUUCCAGCGGACUUGCCGCCUGCAGGCAUUCUCUACACCGUAACCCCUCUCACCAGCUGCCCCUUGUGGAGAACGCUUUCAAAGUGUCGCCCAGCACACUUUCGUGAGUACAAAGAAUGGAGUGCAGCCGUUGCAUGGUUACAAGAGACACUUACCCUUGAGGAAAACGCGCGCCAGCAAGACGAACUGGCAGCCAAUUCAAGCACUUCCGCUGCAAAUGUUGAAGCAGUACCCACCACCAAGUCAGCGGGUGACUGUUUUGAAGUCGGUCGUGCUGUGAGCCAGGGGAACGUGACUCGCUACCGUGAGCUUGUUCGAGCCCGCCCCGACCGCCUCAUUGUUGAGGGUGAAUCAUUGAUUCCCACGCGUAUCCGCCAAUUUGGCCCAGACAAGCACUCGGAUCUAGCUGCCAACAUGCCAGGCAAAACAAUGGAACAAGCCCGAGCAGAACUGCUGGACUGCGUCAUGACUAGCUACCUGCAAUCUCCGUAUUCAGUGUAUGGCGACCCCGUUACGCCCGCAAUGUUGGCCGCGCGCAAAGGGCGAUUGGGAACGCUGAAGAUUCUGCUCAGUUGCGGCCGAUUCAGCCGCGUGGCGGACCCUCUGUACAAGUCGACGUUGCAAUGGUUGAUUGAGCAUUAUGGCGAGCGUAGUUCUGCGGCUGAAAGUGAGGUAAUUGCUGAACGCAAUGAACUCCAGCAGUUCUUGGUCGAGCGUACUUUUGUGGCCAUCACCAAACCUGUACGUCCAACAACCGCAAAGCGUGCAAUGGAGCUCCAGGCAGCCUUUCAGCACUCACCGGACAAUACGAUUGCCGAGCAGCAAGCCAAUCGCCUCAAGGCUGCUCUGACAGCCACCGAGCCAGGGGAACGUGAAAACCAGGAACGCGCCUCGACCACCAAUGGUGUCAACCCAUCAACGCCAACCACAGGUACUCCUUUGGGAACACCCACGGCCGAUACACCCUCGUCCAUUCAACGCGCGGCCGAAUGGCAUGAAUAUCGAACGCGUCGCCGCGAUGAUCCAGGCCGCGGCUUGCAACAAUACGGCCGAGUCCUCUCCAAGCAAAGUGGCGUGCCAUUUGCCGAGUACUGGCCCUUUCUUGGUACCUACGCAGAUCUUAGCACUUUGGCUGGCUUGGAGAAAUUGGAAGCGCACCUGCGCACCCAUCAUCACCGCUUUUUGGCAGGCCGAUAUCCCGGGCCCAGUGAUGCCGAUGCGUUCUUAGCCGCACGCGAAGAGCCUAGCCUCCAGCUUGCGCUGGGGUGGAAACCGGAGUCCCGCUCCCGCCUGCUUGGCAAGCCAUGGGACCAUCUUUCGCUGUUUGAUUUGAGUGUUGUCGACGAGGCGGUGGUUGCUAGUAGCGAAGGGCCAGCCAGCCUGGAAGCUGCUUCCCCCACGAUUCACAAGUUGCAUGAUGCAUCGCCUGACCGCACGUCAAGCUUUGACAACAACCUGCCAGCAAGGACGAGUACGAGCCAGCCAGACCCUUACACCCACCAUCAACUGGGCUACUCGUUGCUUGACAAGCGCCCCUUGCUCCCGUACAUGUUCUGCCCUCCAGAGGACAUUGCGGGCGUGGUUGCCGAGGAAGAGGAGCUUGGUGGCAAACUGGCGGCUCUGAAUCUUGGAAACAACUAA